AUGUCUGUGGUAACUACUGAUCUCCAGGGUACAUUGCCAUUGAUUGCCAGAGGAAAGGUUAGAGACCUUUACCAGUUGUCUGACGACAAGCUGCUCUUUGUAGCGACUGAUCGUAUCUCAGCUUUCGAUGUAAUCCUCAACAAUGGUAUCCCAUCUAAGGGCAAGCUUCUGACUGGAUUGUCAGAGUUCUGGUUUGAACUUCUUGCCGAUGUCACCAAGAACCAUCUUGUUCCAGGUGUCAAUUCUCACAACUUGGCCAAGGCUCUUCCCCAAUCUGUGAGCUCAAACGAUGAGCUUAUUAGUCAAUUAAUUGGCAGAAGCAUGGUCGUCAACAAGUAUAAAGUACUUCCACUUGAGGUCAUUGUCCGAGGAUAUAUCACUGGCUCUGCUUGGGCUGAGUACAAGAAAUCGGGCACCGUUCAUGGUAUCCCACAAAAGGCUGGCCUUCAGGAAAGUGAGGCUUUCGAGACCCCUAUCUACACGCCUAGUACUAAAGCUGAGCAAGGCGAACACGAUGAGAACAUCCAUCCAGAUGAGGCUGCCAAGAUUGUGGGCCCUGAACUGGCUGCUAAGCUUGAGAAGCUCGCACUCAAACUCUACACUACGGCACGUGACUAUGCUCUCAGUAAGGGAAUCAUUAUCGCUGAUACCAAGUUCGAAUUUGGUACUGACGAGAAUGGAGACAUUGUUCUUCUUGACGAAGUCCUAACUCCAGAUUCCUCACGAUUCUGGCGUAAAGAUACAUACGCUCUUGGCAAGAGUCAAGAUAGCUACGACAAACAGUUUGUGCGUGAUUGGCUGAUUUCCAACAAUCUCAAGGCCGUUGAUAACGUAACUAUUCCCGACGAAAUCGUCGAAAAAACCAAGGCCAAGUAUGUCGAGGCUUACGAAACCUUGACCGGUAAUAAAUGGGUCGAGUAG